AUGAAUCCAAAUGCUAACACAUUACCUUCCCACUCCGACGCAGUUCUGCUUCCUUUCUCAGACACAGUCCGGUAUCUUGGCCUUCUCAUAGACAGACCACUAACGUGGAACCCUCAUGCUAGACCUAAAAGACUAUACAAAGACCUCAUGCUACAGCUCCUUUGCCUGUAUAACAAGGAAUACUCUGAGGAGUGCGUGUUCAACGAGAACAUCGAGGAGAACCAUUACAACAGCUACAGCUCGGCCAAGUACUCCAACGCGAGGCGGACCCUCUACCUCGGGCUGAACAAGCGGGGCCAGGGGAGGAUGGUGAUGACCCGCGGGGGCGCCCUCGGGAAGCAGUCGGCCUACGCCCGGGUCCUCACGCAGCCCGUCCAAUGGCAGGCCAAGAACACGACACACUGCGCUCCGGCCGUAAAGGUGGUCCACACCGGUCCUCCGCGGUGCAAGUUGCGGAUGAGAAGACCUCGGCGUCGGAAGCGCAAGCGGUGCAGGGAGGAAGAGAUCUGCCGGAAGAGGAAGUCGCGGCUCAGGAUCAGGCACCGCAAGCACCGCGGGGCUCCCGAGAACGAGGACGAGUUCUUAUUGGAGAAGGAGGAGGAAGAGGAGGACGUUACCAUGACAACGGAAGACGAGGAGGACCACACGCUGGCCGACUCGAGCGAAUAGUGUUGUAAAUAGUUGCGACGUAAGAUGUAGGUUUAGUGGCUAGGCUGGCGAUAGGUUUAGUGAUGCUGCAAUGGAACUUGAUCGAGUGUUGAUUCCUCUAGUCCCAGAUCCUGCCGAAAGGAGAUCUGCCAUUGUUGUAUUAUUGUGUUGUCCCUCAAACUCUCCCCUCGGCACGCUCUUGUAUUUAUUGCCCUGGGGAGGCCGCCACUGUCCGAAGGCACCAGGGGGUAGUCUUCUAGACUGUUUCCUAAUCGAUCCUCGUUAUCGAGUUUCGUUUUCAUGAAAUUAUUUUCGAUGAGUUAGAUCUGUAUUACGCUGCCAUAGAGGCCCGGGCAUCCGCUGCCUGGCCGACGAUAACUUAUAUGUAAAUAUUUAUGUGUUGAGUUGUAGAAUAGUAUUUUGUAAUAUUUUCAACCUUGUAUUAAUCAGUCCCUUCACUUAUCAACUGUUUACUUUUCGAUCUACUUCCACGGAAUUGAAAUAUCAUAAUGCACUGAUAAUAAUAAUAAUUCUUUUGAUAUUAUCAUUGUGACUAAAUUAUUAACAGAGUAUUAUAUUACCUUUAUGAUUAUAUUUUAUUGUUUGUAAAUAAAGAGAUGGAUUGAUAUGAGUCGAUUCUCAUCACAUCUCAACGAAAUGUGAGACAUACGCCAAGUUGAAAACGUAUGCAUGUAUUUGUCAAUGUAUAAUUUUGAAGUUUAAAUUUAAGUAUUUUUCCCUAAUAUUUUAAGUUUUUUUUUUUAAUUGUUCAAUCUCUUGUACAGUUUCGUAUCUAAAAAUUAAUUGUAUUUGGCAUAUGUAUAUUUAGUAAAGAGGUUUCUCAUUCAGUGGAUAUGAAUUUUGUUAAAUUAUUGUCAUUUUAUUUUAAAUUAUCAAAAAUGUACUUACCCUCUGAUGUAUAUCCUAAUCAUGGUUGAUAAUUUAAUGCUUUUUAGAAGUCUAGAUUGGCGUGACAUAAUUAAUACUAAAUUUUAUUUUUGUUAGUUGAUAUAGUGGAUGAUGUUAAAUAUUUUUUAAAAUAUACAUUAUAUUCAUUUUACCAAACAACUGUAUUAUUGGAAUGAUUGUUAUUAUUAUUCUUUAAAACUGGAUUCUGUAGUCAAUUUAAUUUAAAAUUUUAUAUUUUUUGUAAAGUAUUAACAUAGUCGUUACACGCUUGCACUGUUUAUUUCUUUUAUUGUCAUGACUGAAUCUAGGUUAGUUACAGAUUAAAACUAAGGCGAAUCUGAAAGACAAACUUCAUCUUUAUAAAAAUAAAAAAAAAUUAAGUGAUGUAUGUAUUAUGAUGAAAAAAAAAAACGUCAUUCUGCAACUGUUUUAUGUCCUUGUAAUAUAACAAUAAAGUUAAACAAAACAAAGGUACUUAAGUAUUGAUCCAUCGACAUUAUAAUGUAUUUUUGUAUGAUAUAACCUUUCUUAUAAGUUGUGUAUUAAUAUUCUCGUCGCUUCAUAGUGAGAAAUGAUUAAGGAUAUAUCUUUUACGCAACUUAUAAAACAGGUUAGGAACUUUGACCGCCGAAACAAUGUAAUUUCUUUUUACAAUUUUUUAUUUUUUAACCUUAACAGUGCCUACUAUUUUUUGUCAUAAUUAGAGACUUCUGUAAGACACCAUAACCAAAAAUUAAUAAAAAUCAGUUUUUCUUUUGACUAUUAUUACUUAAUACGUAAUAUAGGAUUUUCAAAGUGAAUCUUAAUCAUUAUUAACAUUUUUUGUGAAACGGCAAAAACUAUAUUUUUGAUUCCUUUGCAAUAUCAAAACCUAUAUUUUUUUAAAUAAAUUAAAUAAUACGUGAUUUGUAGAACAUAGUUCAGAAAAUCACUAAUUACUCCAGUAGUAAUUCACAAACAUUGAAAUUUGAGUAUAAUGUGGAAAAAAACUAACUUCAAUGCUCCUUUUGCAACACGAGUGAGGUUCAAAGAGAAAAAAUCAUAAAAAUUGAACAAUUUUGUAUAAAAAAAAAAAAAUAACGUUUUGUAUAUUAUAAAAUUAAUUUAUUUUUAAUUUUAAUUUGAAAAGAAUGUUUAAAAAAUGUUGAUAUUUUUUUUAAAGAAUACUUGACAAAUACUAGUUUCAUUACAUUCCUUGAAAAAAAAGGACGGUUUCGAUAAUAAAUUUAUUUUCACAUCACUUAAUAUUUAUGUUCGUUUUUGAAAAAAAAUCGAUAUCUAUCUAAAUUUCCACAAAAAUCGAUUACUGUUCACUUUGAAAAUAAGUGACUCAUCAAUAUUAUAGCUGGUUAAAUUAUUUUAUUUCUUAAAUUUCAAAAAAAAGAAAAAAUUAAUAUUCACCUUACUGCUACUCAUAACUUUAAUUACUCUUCCAAAUUAUGGUAGCUGGAUCUGUUAGUGGCUAAAUUACAAGAGAAAAUAAAUAGCAAUGCCUAUAUUUUUUAUUUUUUAUGUAAUGACACAGCUUAUCAUAUAUUUCUAAAAUUGCUGUACUCAACUCACUUAGAAGCAAGAACCAUAUUAUAUUAUAGUGUUUAUAAACUCGUUUAAAAAAUGGAGUCUCAGAACCUCUGUAGGCACUGUAAGGAUUAAAUAAACUAAUAAAAAAUAUUUUUGAAAAAUUAUAAAAAGAAUAUUCUAACAUCGACGGACUAAUACGUAAGUACCACAAAAAAAAAUGUUACAAGAAUCCUUUUGUAAAUAAUUUCUUCCUUGAGAAAUAAGUUGUAUCCUAAAUACAUAAUGUAUCUUUACUGGCCGGAUAUAUUUUGAUAUAUAACCCAAGCCACGUAGAAAUAGACUAAUCAAGUGAUAAGGAGUUAGUCAGAGACAGUUACCACGCCAUAUUUCAUAAGGCCCUAAUUUUCAACUUUAUCAAAAAUGUAUUAGAUUUACAAUCUGUAAUUAGACUUUCUUUUUUUUUUUUGUUUUUUAAAUGAACACGCACCUCUUAAUAAUAUUUGUACAUACAUAAUUAUGAUGUACAGGCUGGAAAUAACGUUUCAGUAAACAAAUUUUCGUAUGGAAUAAAAUGAUUCUCUUUGUAA